AUGGCUGAACACUUUAAACAAGCAAGCAGUUGUCCUAUGUGCCUGGAUUAUCUUGAAAACCCCAUGCACCUGAAAUGUGGAUACGUCUGUUGCCUCCGAUGCAUGAACUCACUGCGAAAGGGGCCCGAUGGGAAGGGGGUGCUGUGCCCUUUCUGCCCUGUGGUCUCUCAGAAAAAUGACAUCAGGCCCGCUGCCCAGCUGGGGGCGCUGGUGCCCAAGAUCAAGGAACUAGAGCCCAAGGUGAGAGCUGUUCUGCAGAUGAAUCCAAGGAUGAGAAAGUUCCAAGUGGAUAUGACCUUGGAUGUGGACACAGCCAACAACUAUCUCAUCAUUUCUGAAGACCUGAGGCGUGUCCGAUGUGGGAAUUUCAGACAGAAUAGGAAGGAGCAAGCUGAGAGGUUCGACACUGCCCUGUGCGUCCUGGGCACCCCUCGCUUCACUUCCGGCCGCCAUUACUGGGAAGUGGACGUGGGCACCAGCAAAGUGUGGGAUGUGGGCGUGUGCAAGGAAUCUGUGAACCGACAGGGGAACGUUGUACUCUCUUCAGAACUCGGCUUCUGGACUGUGGGUUUGAGAGAAGGACAGAUCUACUUUGCCAGCACUAAGCCUGUGACGGGUCUCUGGGUGAGCCCAGGUCUACACCGAGUGGGGAUUUACCUGGAUAUAAAAAUGAGGGCCAUUUCCUUCUAUAAUGUCAGUGAUAGGUCACAUAUCUUCACAUUCACGAAAAUUUCUGCUACUGAGCCACUGCGUCCAUGUUUUGCUCAUGCAGAUACAAAGUCGUGA